CGAUUAAUGGAUCCAUCAUCAUGCGUGCGAAUCAAAACAAAUUCGUUUAUAGAAGUUUGAAAUAAAAACAAAUUGUUUUCUUAAAAUAUAAUAUUAUUGGGAGUUUACAGUGAUUAUUUUAAAGUUCAGUUUGGGACAAUGUCCUCAAAACAGUUUAUCAGUAUAAAUAAUAAAUAUGAUCGGAUUGUAGUGCUAGUGGACAUGGAUUGCUUCUACUGCCAGGUGGAGGAAAAGUUGAAUCCGGAAAUCCGCGGUAAACCAAUUGCUGUCGUGCAGUAUAACCCAUGGCAAGGAGGAGGUAUUAUUGCAGUAAAUUAUCCGGCACGUGCCAAAGGAGUCACUCGGCAUAUGCGUGGUGAUGAGGCGAAACAGCACUGUCCGGACAUCGUUCUGCCACAGGUGCCGCAAAUUCGUGGCAAAGCAGACAUUUCCAAAUAUCGUGAUGCGGGUAAGGAGGUAGCCGCGGUUCUUCAAACAUUCACUCCUCUACUUGAGCGCGCCAGCGUCGACGAAGCCUACCUGGACAUUACCGAGCGGGUUCUGACACGGUUGCGUGACAUGAACGAAGGUAAAUUUCAACUACUUCCGGAGAAACUGGCCAACACCUUCGCAGUUGGCUACGACAGUAUCGGAGAAUUUGUACAAAAGAUUUCCGGCGACCUAGACGGCAGAACAAGUUCGCAAGAGUUGGAGAGUGAGGAAGAGCGCGUGGCUUUCAAGAAAAGUGACAUCAAGUUGCUGAUAGGAGCUUCUAUUGUCAAUGAAAUACGCUCGGCAGUGAAGGAACAAACUGGUUAUGAAUGCUCUGCUGGUAUUGCUCACAAUAAAAUUUUGGCUAAGUUAACGGCUGGGUUCCAUAAGCCAAAUAAGCAAACUAUUUUGCCUUUAAAAUGUAUUUCAAAAAUGUAUGACACCUUAUCAUUAAAGAAGGUCAAGGGGCUAGGCGGGAAGCUGGGAGAUCAGGUGUGUGAAGUUCUUAAGAUUCAAACCAUGAGUGAACUUGGCAAAUUUCCUGAGAAAGUACUACAGAGCCAUUUCGAUGAACGAAUGGGAUCUUGGAUGUAUCUAAUGGCCAAGGGAAUUGACUUGGAAGCGGUUACACCAAAGUUCAACUCCAAAAGCAUUGGGUGCUGUAAAAGAUUUCCUGGAAAAAAUGCUAUCACCGGUGUUGCUACAUUGAAGCAUUGGCUCGGAGAGUUGGCCAAUGAGAUUCAAGAAAGGUUGAACAAAGAUCUGGAUGAGAACAAUCGCAUCGCCAAACAAAUGACCGUAAGCUACGCUCAGCAAUUAGGGCAGAAUGAUGUUUCUAGUACAAGAAGUGUCUCCCUAAUUGAAUACAAUGCUGAACGAAUUGCUGCUGAUGCUUUGGAAGCCAUUAAACGAAAUACGGACGUAUUCCUCAAAAUCGAUAGCACUGGAGUAUUGAAUAAUCCUAUAAAAUUUCUUGGCAUUAGUGCUGGAAAAUUUGAGGACAAUGUCGCGGGGAGGAAAAGUGAUUUAAUGCAAAUGUUCUCAAACAUUGCCAAUAAAGUUAAAGAUGGAGAAUCAUCGAAAGAUGCUAGAAAAGAGGAACCGACAUUACCAACUCAACAGGUUAAAAGUGAUUCACCACAAGUUGAAACGCAUAUAGCAGAUAUUGGCACUACUGAUAACAGCACUUCUAAUAUGACCGAAACAAAAGGCAACAGCUCCAGGAAAAUGUCUAACACAAGUUCUAUUAAAAGUUUUUUCGGAAAAAGUGUUAAACAAAACACCAAUGUUGAGGAACCUGCCACAUCGACAAGUGACGAGCUCACAAUUGCACAAAUGGAGGCUGAACUGUUUGAAGAUUUGUCUGGGCCUUAUUUGAAUUCCACUCUACCUUUGGAAGCAGGAGCAAACUCGUCUCCAAAGGACGACAGUUGCGAACAAAAUCCAUCAUCGUCUACAAUUAAUACUUCGAAUUCAGUUGAAGAUGCACAUGAGGUACCUACCAUGGAACAUAGUGAAUCAACUUUAUUAGAGGUCAAAUCGGUGGAAUCCAUUAAUCAACAGCUUGAAGAUGUAAAGCCCGAUAAGCCUUCGACACAAAAAGAAGCGUCUCAGCUGGAUUACCAUCAAACCUACGCCGAAUUUAGCCGCCCAAUUUGCCUUCCAGAGCCAACGAAAAAAGUAUGUCCCGAGUGUGGAAACAAUGUACCUGAAAGUGAUCUACAGUCCCAUCUUGACUUUCAUUUCGCUUUGCUCCUUAGUCAGCAACAAAGAGAGGAGUUUCGCAAUGAAAUUAAAACUAAGUAUGUGUCCCCACUUCCUGCAGCUAAAUCCAAACCUGUUGCAAAUUCCCAACGGGUCAAACCAAAAGCUCCCCUGAUAGACAGGUUUCUGACGGUAAUCAAUACAGCAAGCACUUCAACUACAAAUGCAUCGACGACAGAGUGCUCUGAGUGCGGUAAAAGCGUUCCAACCGAAAACAUGCAAGAACAUCUGGACUACCACGCUGCCAGAAAGCUGCAAAUUGAACUCAAUAAAAUGGAAAUGAAGACGGUCAAAUCCAAUGGGUUUGGACCUGUCAGUAGCAAGAGCAGUGAUGCGUCCAAUGGCAGCCUCAAACGGAAACGACCUUCGUCGGCCUGCGAUAAAAACCAGCCAGCUAAGGUGAAUAGCCUGGCGGCGUUCUUUACUAAAAUGUAAUUUUAGUUAUUGGACAGCUUUAAAAGUUGCAACAAGUUACGUUGUUUUAGGAUUAUGUUUGAGAUCAUUAAAUUUUCUGAAUAAAAAUCCUGAUUUUAUUUUU